AGGCCCCAGCUGUCAAACUUCUGCAGGCAAUGCGGAGGGAAGAUAGCAAUGAAGGUCCCUCCAGGGGAGAACGAGGAGCGCAAUGUGUGCACUGAUUGUGGCUAUGUGGAUUACUACAACCCAAAGCUGGUUGUGGGGUGCAUAGUGGAGCAUAUGGGGAAACUGUUGCUAUGCCGGCGAGGAAUAGAGCCCUGCAAGGGCCUCUGGACAGUUCCAGCUGGUUUCCUGGAAAUGGGAGAGAGCAGCGCAGCCGGAGCUGCCAGGGAAACCUGGGAGGAAGCCAGCGCUCGAGUGGAGAUAGUGGCACCGUAUGCGCAUUGGGACAUCCCGGUCAUCGGGCAGGCCUACAUUCUCUUCCGCGCGCGGCUGGCGCCACCGUAUACAUUCUGGCCGGGUACUGAGUCCCUGGAGACGCGCCUGUUUGCUCCUGAGGAUAUCCCAUUUGACCAGAUUGCCUUCUCCUCUGUGGCGACAGCGCUGCGAUUCUAUGUGUCUGACCUGAAGGCCGGACGGCGCUACCACAUACACCACGGGGUGAUCGAGAAAGCACAGGGGAGCGCGCCGAACGACCCCAGCACCUUUGUGCUCAGGGAUCAUUUUGCC